AUGACAUGUAUAUUGUACAUCGUGAUUAUUUUCAUAAACGCUACAAUUAUCUUCACAGUCAGGGUGGACAAAGCCCUGCAUGAACCGAUGUACAUAUUUCUGGCAAACCUGUCCAUUAAUGCACUGUACGGCACGGUUGGUUUCUACCCGAAAUUUCUAAUAGAUUUGCUUUCUGAUGUAGCAAAGGUCUCCUACUCACAGUGUCUCACGCAGACAAUUAUUAUUUACUCGUCGUCCAUUUGUGAUAUGACGACUUUGACAGCGAUGGCUUUUGACAGGUAUGUGGCGAUCUGUAAACCACUACAGUAUCACAGCAUCCUGACAUCUCGCACGGUCUUCAAGCUACUGUCACUCGCCUGGCUGUAUCCCCUGUCAGUGUCGAUCAUGGUCAUCAUUCUCGCUACCCGGGAGGGCCGGAGACGCUUUACCCAGACCUGUCUGCCCCACAUCACUGCCAUCUUGGUGUGCAUAUUGUCCCUGCUGUUUGACCUGUCCUACAGCUGGGCUGCUACCACUAGGCUUCCCCUGGCCCUCAGGAACGCCCUGGGCAUGCAGUUUCUCAUCCUGCCCCCGAUAUGCAAUCCCCUGGUCUACGGCCUACAGCUGCCAAAGAUGCGCAGAGCGAUCCUCAAAGCAGCUGUUCUCAAGGCAUACUUAAAACAACCUAAGGUCACCAAAAAUAAAUGCAUUCAUAGAAGACAUCAUUAA